CACACACAUAUACAAAGGCCCAUUACAAAGUGGGAGCUUAAUUAGUCUAAACAAGUCAAAAAUGUCUUAUUUAGUUUCUGUAGAUGAACAUGAUGAAUGGUGGUGAAAAAAAGUCUGUUUUUAUGUCUUUCACAGGAAAUUGACUUUUCUCGGAUGGUGGAGCGCCUCCUAAAGCUGGCUGUUCCUAACCAUUUGAUAUGGUUAAUAUUCUUCUAUUGGUUUUUCCACUCUUCUAUGAAUUUUGUGGCAGAGCUGCUUCAGUUUGGAGACAGGGAGUUCUACAGAGACUGGUGGAACUCUGAGACUGUCACAUAUUUCUGGGCCAACUGGAACAUCCCAGUUCACAAGUGGUGCCUGAGGUGAGCAACAAACGACUCUAUCAGGAGUACUUUCUACACUAAGCCAAUGUUGAAGAGAGGGACCAACAAUUGUCUGGCUCAAACCGCAGUCUUCCUGGUAUCUGCAUUCUUCCACGAGUACCUGGUGAGCGUUCCUCUGAAGAUGUUCAGACUGUGGGCCUUUAUGGGAAUGAUGGCUCAGGUUCCUCUGGCUUGGUUUGUGGGUUGGUUCCUGAAUGGAAACUAUGGCAACGCAGCAGUGUGGAUAUCACUCAUCAUCGGCCAGCCUGUCGCUGUGUUGAUGUACGUCCAUGACUACUAUGUCAUUCAUUACGGGGAAGCUACAUAACACCCGACAAACACAGCCGCGCUCUGCUCCCACAAUCACACACAUAAACACACACACACACACACACACACACACACACACACACACACACACACACACACACACACACACACACACACACACACACACACACGCCAGCCUGCAGGAAGCCUCAAUGAGAGAAUGCAGAGUUUUAAGGUGAUUUUAGUAGAAUGUUCUGCUAAUAUGUACAUGUUUGUAAACGGCAGGGAAAGAGUUUUUGACUUCUUGAUUUUGCACUAGAGAGAAUUAUAGCAGUCUUGCCAGCAAAUUAUUUUCACAAUGUAAGAAGAGAUUUUUUUUGAAGUACGUCUUUGUUGGCAGCCUCAACAGUUCCAACAG